CCUUUGCCCAGCAAGAGGCAGGGGGUGGAGGGGGCCCCACUGACACGUGAGAGACAAGGCUGCUCGCUCUUACACCCAUCCCAAGAGGGUGGUUUGGGUGGGAGAGGCCAAGACGGGAAGAGCAGACACACAGUGGUCAUGCUUUUGCUCAGAAUCACUGGAAUGUUUAUACCAAGAGGUGGGAGAUCCAGAGGCCCGAUCUCUUUGACAGACUCCUUUGCAGCAGGUUUCCUCUUUAUAUGGAAGAUGCUUCAAGGGGCUGCUAUGUCUUGCCUCCUUGCUUGCUUCUUCCUCCUUGUCCAGGCAGUGGCAGCCAAGCCAACAGAAAAGCCAGCUCCUGAAAUGCAGAGAGACAUGACGGCCUUUUUGCAGCUGGUUAAUCAAAACAUUUGGGAAGAAAACAUCAACUUGACCAGUUUGCCCUGUGAGGAUAUGAAGACACAGGUGUGGACCACCUUGAGGCUCAAAAACCAAGGCCUAACUUCUUUCCCUGCCUGUUUACCUGAGCAUUUGGAGCAUCUGGAUCUGAGCGUCAAUCUUUUGCCUGAAUUCCACAGCCAGGAUGUGGCUUACCUGCCCAUGUUGCAGGUCCUGUCUCUGAGGCAGAAUAACAUUCAACAGGUGAUGUGGGAGGCUGGGAGCCUCAGCAACCUCCACUACCUGGACCUGAGCUUCAAUCAGUUGUCUUCUCUGCCAGAAUGCAAUUCCUUCACUAUGGAAAAUCUCAAAUGGCUCUCUCUGGCUGGGAACCCUAUCACAGAAAUCCAACCCUUUGCCUUCUCCUGCUACCCUCAGCUGCAUUUCGUAAACCUGUCUUCCACUUGGCUGGGGAAGGAUGGCCAACAAGGAAUAGGAGAAUCUGCCUUUGCAAUCCGCUUACUGCAUGUUGGAGACUCCAACAGUAAAGCCGAAAGUGCUAUCAAUGUGCUGGACCUCAGUAUGACGUUUUUGGAGAGAAUUCAUGAGGACUGGAUCAAAGAUCUGCCUAGGCUCUCUUCCCUUUAUCUCACAAAUAUGAGGAGGCUGAGAAGCCUUGAGGGUGCUGUUUUCCAACAUAUGCUGCAUCUGAAAGAACUGGACUGUCGAGACUCUCCUGCACUAAGUCUGGUGGAAACAGAAUCUUUUAGGCACACACCUCAGCUGGCUUUCCUCCUGCUCCAAAAUUGUAACUUGAGUUCUUUGCACGAGUGGGACCUUGGCUCAUCAAACAACCUUGUGAUCAACCUCUAUGGAAACCCUUUGACCUGCCAUUGUGAAAAUUCUUGGCUGAUUGCCAGGCAAGACAAAAUAGUUCUGCAGAGGGAAUCGGAAACUGUGUGCUACACAGCAGCAGAAACUAAAUCAGCAUCCUUAUCUGGAUCUAAACUGCUGUCCAACUUGUAUGAGGACUGUCAAGAGCAAGAGUCUGCUCAUUCUACUCCGCUGUUUACUCAAGGCAACACUUACAGCACAUCUCUCACCAUCACCAUAGACACAUUGCAAGAUGCCAGUGCAUUGCCCCAUGAAUGGCACAGCAUUUCCUUUGCCCCAGAGAGCACUCCUAUGAAUCGUGGAGACACAACUCAUGUAACUUUGGGAGAUAGAUCAAAGCAGGGUUCAACAAAGACAGACCUUCUUGCCUACAAAGAGGAAAUCAUCAAUGGAUCUACAGACAUGUCACUCAUCAUAACAGCUGCUGCCAUAACUUCAUCAGCAAAGCCAGGACAACACACCACUGAGCAAAGCUUAGUAGAUACAGUUGAGACAGGUGAAAGGAAACAGGAUGCCACAACUGUGAAUACUAUUAUUCGCUUGGAAGAAACACAGCGCCACAUUGAUCUUGAGAGUCCAACAACAGAACCCACAGAACAGGAAGGCUUAUUUUCUCCACUUAGUACGGCACCCUCAGAUCAAACCAUGCCAUCAUUGCAAAUUCCCACCAAGACAAGCACCCAGCCAAAUCUUGCCAUUGCUGACAAUCCAAAUUAUUACACAGAUGACUAUGACUAUGAUAAAGAGGAGAAAGAAUCUGUGUCAGAUACACUUGGGCCUUGUGACUAUGACCCUUGCAGGCACCUCCAGAAGCCUUGUGUUGAUCUCCAAGAAUUGUCUCCUUGCCUGUGCCCAGGCAUAUCUGAUGAAUUCACCAUCCCAGAUCCACCAAGGCUCUGGGACAUAACCGAAAUAAGGGACACCUCUGUAGCGAUCCACUGGUGUGCUCCAUAUUCAGCAGUAAGAUCCUACCAGCUUGCCUAUAAACCUCAAGGCAGUAAGAAGAAUUAUACAAUUUCUGGAGAGAUUUAUACAACAGCUAGACAGUAUACACUUUACAACCUCCUGCCGGCCUCAACCUAUCAGGUAUGUGUCAUCGCUUCAAACAAAGCCGGCCCAAGCACAACGACAGAUGGAAAUGGUCAGAGUGCUCCUUGCAGUACCUUUUCAACCAAGUCCAGUUACAAACCUGUCUUUGCUGCCUUGGGUGUAACAAGCGGAGUCUUUCUCAUUACCACCAUAAUGUUGUCUGUAUGUCUAUGUAGGAAAUGGAGAGCUCCCCGCCUUGAGCAAUAUAACAUGGAUUUGGUCUCAUAUAAAAACCCUGCUUUCGAUUACUCCUUAAAAUAAGAAAGGUAGAGAGGAUGUUAUGAACUUGCUGUUCUCACAAAGAGAAAAAGUUCUCAUUGUCGUCACCCUCCUGCCCCCACCCCAUCCCCAAAAACAGCAGUAGGGGGGUUUAAAGGAUAGUAUCCAAUGAGUUUAGAGAACUGGUUCAUCCAGGUGGUUUAGGAAGGGUUAUUCCCAUCCCACUCCACUUUGAUGCCUGUCCCCCAAGACUCUCCAAAACCUGUUGUGAGUGUCUGUAACCAGAAGGAAAUUGUCACCUUUCACUGAGAAAGCAUAAGCAGUAAAAAUAUCAUAAUGUUAAGUUCUGAUUUGCUGCUGAUGAGCUCUAUUAGUCAUCAGCUCUAAACCAAAUCUGAGUCCUUAUUUACUGAUCAGACUUCUUUGCCACUGGGAUUGGGAUCCAAAGAGUUAGAUGCACUUGGAGGCUUAAGUGUGAGCAACAGCAUGUCAUUCAUUCUUUGGGCAAUACCUUCAUCAAAAAACUGUUUCUGAAAGUCUAGGGUCAAUGUCAGCUGGAAGUUGAUCACAGAAUCAUACAGGAGAACCUAAAGCUUCCUAGAGAGACAAUAUUAAUUAAAGUGGUCUAUAAUCAAAUCUGUAAACAAGGGAGGCUGUACACCCCACCGCCCCAAGUUUCCAAGUACAGACAAAACAUGACUACUCUAUACAUGUACAUACAGAAAGAAAUCCUAUAAUUUCCACUGGGACUUUUUUCCAGGUAAGUGUGUAUAAGGUAUGGCAGCUAAAUGCAUCAAACCUGAACAUCCUGAUUGGAAAGCACAUCCCGCUGAACUUCAAGAUCUUUAGCUUUUUAAAAAAACCUAUCAAGAAGUAAAAAUGAUUUGCACCACAAUACUCGCUUGAAAGCAGAAUAUUUUACACAACUACCUGAAUUUCUGCAGUUUGGUUUUAAUGUCAAUUGGAAAGAAAAUAAAGGGAUAUUUAUUUUUUUAAAAAAUUAGCAUUUCUGAAUCAAAAGCCAUUUCCCUGAAUUCUUCUCAGUUUGCACUGUGAUAUUAUGAGCUGAAGUUUUCAGUUUGCUCACUGCAGUGCACAUAAAAUAUUGUCACUAGUUAGAACUGUGUCAUGGUUAGUGUUUGUGUGAACUUUGUAUCUCCUACUAAAUGCACCCUGUUCUAUAUUAAAGAACUACUUUUAUAAUUUUCCAAGCUGCAUGGUCAAAGUCUAGAAGGAUUCUCUCCUGAAGUUUCACCACAUCUAUGGCAGGAAUCCUCAAAGGUUGUGAGGUCUGUUGGAAACUAGGCAGGUGGGAUAUCUGUGGAAUAAUGUCCAGGUUGGGAGAAAGAACUCUUGUCUGUUGGAGGCAAGUGUGAAUGUUGCAAUUGGCCACCUCGAUUAGCAUUGAAUAGCCUUGCAGCUUCAAAGCCCGAGGGAAUCCUUUAGCUGGCCCUGAUUGUUCCUGUCUGGAAUGCCCCUGUUUUCUGAGUAUUGUUCUUCAUUUACUGUCCUGAUUUUAGAGUUUUUUAUAUACUGAUAACCAUUUUGUUCAGAUUUUGUACUUUUAUAAUAACUGUUUAGAAAUGUGGGGCUAUUUCCAUCUUAUGAAAUUUCCUCAAAACACAGCAAAAUGAGAAAGAACAGAGGUGGGUGUGUGUGUGUAUUUGUUGUAGGCCUUCAAAUCAUAUCCAGCAUAUGACAAGCACUGAAUUUUUGCGUUCAGUUGUACAUGUAUGAAAUGGUUCAGAUGCCAUUCUUGUUAAUAAUACAGAGCAAUUCAUUUGCUUCAUUCUAUAUGCAUCAGCUUACAAUCUUGCCCCACCUCUAAAGUCCAAUAGUGCUAAAGUCUGAAGGACUAUAUAGUAGACCCUCUAAUUCAGAGCUUUUCAAAGCUUUCCUGUUGCUGCCACACUUUUUAGAAAUUCAUCUUUUCACUAGAAGGUCAUUCCGUUUGACCAUCAAACCUGAGAUAACCAACCCCUUAGAAGAGUUAUAUAAAACUCAUGCAUAGUCAGAACAUCCCUGAUUGCCAUCCAUCUUUCAUUUAAGGAACCUCCAGAGAGGAUUCCCACACUUUCCAGUGCAAAUGCCAAUGGGAGAGAAGCUCUCUGAUUUGCUGUGUGAACUUUGAAAGAAGACAAGAUGAAUGUUUUGAGAUUGGAGGGUAAUUCAGUCUGUUCAUCUUCCUUUGAAUCAAAAGCCCUCCUGGGCUGAAUCAACUAUAUAAGGAACUAAAACAUUCACUUGUUCUCUGUCAGCCUCUGGUGGCAAUUUGGAAAAUUACAUCGAAUGAGCACAGAUUGAAAAACAAAGUGCAAGCCUGAUACAGUAGAGUCUAGCUUAUCCAGGCUUCACUUAUCCAAUGUUCUGUAUUAUCCAAUGCAGUCUGCCUUUUAGUAGUCAAUGUUUUUGAAGUAAAUGUUGCAAUGUUUUGGUACUAAAUUCAUAAAUACAGUAAUUACUACAUAACAUUACUGUGUAUUGAACUGCUUUUUCUGUCAAUUUGUUGUAAAACAUGAUGUUUUGGUGCUUAAUUUGUAGAAUCAUAAUGUAAUUUUAUGUUUAAUAGGCUUUUUUCUUAAUCCCUCCUGAUUAUCCAACAUUUUCACUUAUCCAAUGUUCUGCCGGCCCGUUUAUGUUGGAUAAGUGAGACUCUACUGUAUUUUGUAAGAGAAACUUUCCCCACAAUUUGGUUUUGUAUCUCAUAGCUCUUUCUGUUUGUUUUUUCUAUGCAACACACAGUAACAAUAAUAUUGCAGACUGGAUUUGUGAAAGGAAGAACAAAUACAGCAUUAAGUCGCAUUCUAGUUUUCCCAUUGGGAAAUCUAGAUGCUAUACUUUUUUUUGCUUUUUCAUAGAUGAAACUGGGGGAAUCUAAUAGAGCCUAAAGAGGAGAUUAAGGAUGCCUAAUUGUGCAAUUGUCAGGAACCUCUGUGUGAUAAAUGGGUUUAGAGUUUGAGGUUUUUUUUAAUGUGUCAAUUAUGUUUUCAUUGAAAAAUACCUUUUUUGAAAACGGUUGUGUAUUCAUAGGAUUAAAAAGUGUCCCUUAUUGCCAAGAUGUCCUCUAUUUGAAGAUUAGAAAACACGUUCUUUUAUGCUGACUGAACAAAAAGAAUAGAUUGAAAUUUCACUUCCAUGGUUAUAGGGACGGGAUCAAUAUACAACGGAUCCCUUAGCAUGUCAUUCCUUUCUUGCCAUGUGUGAGGUCAUGAGUUCUAGAUGGGAACUUGUGCUUUUUCAUGCAUGAGAUUUCUUGGUCAGGAGGUCAGGUGGGGAGAGAAUGGAAUGCUGGGAUGGUGAUUGACAGCCCAUUGGAAGGAAGAGAAGGCAGUUGGUGGUCAACUGUUGGUCAAGUGCAGCCACCAUGACAGAGCAGGGACACAGAGGAAGAGGAGAGCGAAUGCAGGGCUAUGGCAGGGCCGUAUCGCGUGAGCCUCCUUUCCUACAAGAAUGGCAGUGUCUGUGAAACGACAUUCAAGUGGGAUGGCUGCCUCUUCUUCGUGCUUGAAGGACCAUCACAGGACUGCCACCGUCUCACACAGCAAAAUAGUAAGAGAAGCUUUGGAAAGAAGUCUAAGAAAUAAGGAACAGCUCAAUAAUGUGCAGGAAGUGAUUCAAAAUACAAGCUGGAAGACCGGCUAAUAAUCAUGUUCUCAACUUUGAGGUGGAAUAGGAAAAUCCGGACUAACCCCCUAGAAGCCCUUGUGGCCUGGUCCAGCGAAAUACAUCCAGAGAUUUUAAUAUCACAGGAUGACAUGGCAAUAAAUGGCAGAAUUUCAAAGCCCUUUACCUCCUCAUCUACCAAGAACUCUGUAAAAUAUUGAAUUAUCAGAUUUGCAAGAUUGUCAAAGGAAAUACAAAUCUACCAAACUCUGGCUAAAAAUCAAAACUUGACUUACAGGGGGGAAGUAUUUGAGAUCUACCAGGACCUACUGCCUGACCACUUGAAGAAGAAAAUGGAGUGGAAGCCAAUGACUAAAGCAGGAUCUGGAUACAGUUGGAGCUUUCCCUUGAAGACUGUGGGAUGGGCUUUGGUGGUGACAACGAACAAAAGUUCACUCCCAUUUGUGCCCAGAUGGGCCUGAAAACACCUGACUGAGAAAAAAUGAAAGCACAGAAGACUGCUGCUGUUCCUGCCAGUUGGAGGAGGAAUCGCUAAUGGACAAGGCCAUGGAAAAGAAAAGAUGGCUCCAUUUGGAACAAAAACAUUGCAGCCCCUGAAACUUCAUCCAUCAACUAUCAACAGAGCAAUGUCUAGAAAUUAAUGAGGACUUCAAUGCUUGUGAUAAACAAAGGGGUUUAAGGCAUUUUUAUCUAUUUUCUCUAUUCUCUUUCUUCCUUUUUCUUACCCUUCUUUCUUUCUGUGACAAUGUAUAUAAGAUAAAGUAGCUAUUUAAGUUACAUAGGAUUCUUUUGGUACUAUUAUAUGAUGAAGAGAACUCAGGCAGGGGAGAAUCGUUUUGAAAUCCUACUGCUGCCACCAAAUUGCUUCCUGGGAUGCUCCUCCCACCUGGUUGGCUGGGUCUCUUGGGUUCUUAGGCACAAGAAGAAGGAGUAGGAGGAGGAGGAGAGAAUCCUGUACUUGAGGAUUAGUAAACAUUUUCUUUUAUCCUGACUGAACAAAAAGAAUAGGUAGAAAUUUUACUGCACUGGUUAUAGGGCCAGGAUCAAUAUUUAUUAUGUCAUUCCCUUCUUGCCAUGAGUGAUGUCAUGGGUUUUGGAAGAUAGGUGCUCUUUCAUGUUUUGGAUUUCUUGGUCAUAAAGGUCAGAUGGGGAGAGAAGGGAAUGCUAGGAGGGUGACUGACAACCCAUCGGAGGGAAGAGAAGGCAGUUGGUGGUCAACUGUUAGUCAAGUUCGGCCACCAUGACAUAGCAGGGAAACGAAGGAAGGAGGGAGUGAAUGCAGGACUACGGCAGAGGACUGCAGGGCAGUAUCAUGUGAGCCUCCUUUCAUAUCAGAAUAGCAACAUCUGUGAAGCAACAUGCAAGUAGUAUGGCUGUCUUUUCUUUUCACUUGAAUGACCUUUGUGGGACUGCUGCCAUCUCACACAGCAAAACAGUGGAAGAAGGUAUGGAAAUAAGCCUAAGAUAUGAGAAAACCUCAAUAAUAUGCAGGAAGUGAUUCAACAACUAAAAUACAAGCUGGAAGACCAGCUAAUAUUCAUGUUUGCAUCUUUGAGAUGGAGGAGGAAAAUCCAGAAUAACCCCUAAGAAGCCCUUGCGGCCUGGUGAAGCGAAAUAAGUCCAGACAUCUCAGUAUCAUAGGAUGACAUUAGGACAAAUGGCAGAGUGUCAAAGCCCUUUAGCUCCUCCUCUACCAAGAACUUUGUAAAAGAUUGAAUUGUCAGAUUUGCAAGAUUGCUGAAAAAAUACAAAUCUACCAAACUCUGGCUAAAAAUCAAAACUUGAUAACAGGAUUUGGUGCCUGACCCA